GGUUAGAAGGGAAGGAAUUUCAUCUGUGCUGUAUGUUGUACAUAGAGCAUAUCUGACAAUAAAGUUGACUUGACUUAAUCUGUGAUCUGUUACAUUUCCAGAGUAACCUUCUCAACACUCAUGCUCUUCACUCAUAAUCCCACACUGUUAGUAAGUUUCUUUAUUCAUUCAUUCAUGCAGUGCUCGUCGGCCUCCACCCUUCUCUUCUUUAUCAUCCGCUUCAGGUUUCAGCUCCACCUGCUCGGCGAGCGCUAGGCUGCGUCCCAACACCUCCCGAGCUCCCUGCCUAGGGCUCCACGCGGAGGGCGCGCGCGAGGCGGCCCGCUGCUGUCUACGUAGGGCGCGGGGCGGGGUUUGAGACGCGGCCGCGAGGUGAGUCCGCAGCUCCAUCAUGGCGGCGGGGUUUCGCUCUCUGGCGCAGAGACGCCGUCAACAGUCACGAACGAGCUGAGGAAAACACACCGAAGGGCUCCGGGACGGUUCUCAAAGCGGUUCUCCGUCGGACUCGUUGUUCUCUGAAGGAUUGUAUUCGGUGUCGAUGGAUGUAGGUUAACUCCGUGACUCUCUCUUCAUCGUCGCGCUGUUUUCUUCGCUUUGACGGAUAUGUGAGGUGAAGAUGUGCUUCAGGUAGAUUUCCUUGGCGGUGUUCCUCAGGGCUCCGUCAGCGGCCCGCAGGCGUUUAGCAUGUCCUCCACGGCCGUCCCCAAACCUUCUCACGCGCUCUCAAGCCUGGACAAUCUCUCCAUAUCGUCUCUGCUGUCCGGAGACCCGGAGGACGGAGAGCCGGCGGACGAGGAUCUGUCCGACCUGGAGGUGAACCCGUACGAUGGCCUGCCGUACUCCUCGAGGUACUACAGCCUCCUGGAGGAGCGCAAGCAGCUGGCCGUGUGGAGUCUGAGGCUCAGUCUGCUGGAGCACAUGGAGUCGCACAGCAUGAUCGUCCUGAGCGCAGACGGAGGAGCCGGGAAGAGCACUCAGGUUCCUCAGUGGUGUGUGGAGUACGCUCUGUCUCACGAGUUCUCUCAGGGUCUGGUGUGCUGCUGUCAGCCGUAUGCGGCGGCGGCCUGCGGUCUGGCUCUCCGAGUGGCCGAUGAGAUGGACCUGAGUCUGGGGCUGGAGGUGGGCUACAGGGUUCCUCACGAGGACGGCUGCACGGCGGACACCAUCCUGCGGUUUGUCACAGACUCUCUCCUGCUGGAGGAGAUGAUGUCGGACCCCCUGCUGCGGCAGUACGGGGUUCUGGUCAUCGACGAGGCUCAGGAGCGUACGGUGGCCACGGACGCGCUGCUGGGGCUGCUGCGUGAUGUGUGCCGGCAGCGCUCCGAGCUCAGGGUGGUGCUGCUGACCGCUCCUGCCGUCGCUCACGCCUUCGCCGGCUUCCUGGGAGAGAGCGUCCCUCACCUCAGCCUUCCCUCGGUGAACAACACCGCAGAGAUACUGUACCGAGAGCCGCCCGCGGGACGAGACCUGGUCGCCGCUUCCUGUCACAUGAUCCUGGACCUGCACCGCAGGGGAGAGGAAGGAGACAUCCUGGUGUUCCUCCCCAGUGUGCAGGAGAUCCGGGAGUGUCACGGGGCUCUGGAGAAGGAGUGUGUGUCUCUCAGCGCUCAUCUGCUGUCUCUGCGUGUGUUUGAGCUUCACGCCGGCGUCUCGGGAGCAUCGCAGCAGCUUUACGAUACAGAGAACUCCGAGGAUAAACAGAGCGAGGCGCCGGACGCUCCGAGGCGAAGAGUCAUCCUCACAGACGUCUUAGGAGAGGCUUCGUUCUCACUCAAGAACAUCCGAUACGUCAUCGACUGUGGCGUGCAGCUGAAGAACAUCUAUAAUCCUCAGAUCCGAGCGGACUCUCAGCUUCAGCAGCCCAUCAGCAGACAGCAGGCGGACACACGCUCCCUCAGGGUCAGCAGCACACUGCCCGGCGUGUGUUUCCGGCUCUACUCUCAGCAGAUGUAUGAGGAUGAGAUGCCCGCGUGUCGCUGUCCGGCGGUGACCGAAGCUAACCUCAGUCAUCUGGUGCUGCUGCUGAAGAGGCUGGACAUCGCUGACAUGGGCCAGUGCAAGUUCCUGGACCGGCCGGCUCCGGCGGCGCUGAUGCAGGCUCUGGAGGAUCUGGAUUACCUGGCGGCUCUGGAUGAUGAUGGGAAUCUGUCGGAGGUGGGAAUCAUCAUGUCUGAGCUUCCUCUGGAGCCGCCGUUAGCCAAAGCUCUGAUCGCUUCCUGCGAGUUCGACUGCGUUAACGAGCUGCUGACCAUCGCUGCCAUGCUGACCGCUCCGCCGUGCUUCGUUACACCUCCAGCUAAUAAAGAAGAGUCGGCGGCGACCCACAGACGACCCCUGCUGCACCCGGACGGAGAUCACAUGACCCUCAUCAACGUCUACAACGCGUAUCUUCAGCAUAAUGAAGACGAGGUCUGGUGCAAGACCAACUUCCUCAACGCCUCUGCCUUGCGAUUGGCCGUGGUGAUCAGGGCGGAGCUACUGGAGGUGAUGCAGCGAAUCGAGCUGCCCGUCUCUCCUCCCGCCUUCGGUUGCCAGGACAACAGCACCAAUAUAAAGAGAGCUCUGAUAUCGGGCUUCUUCCUGAAGGUGGCUCACGAUGUGGACGGCUCAGGGAACUAUCUUCUGCUCACACACCGUCACGUGGCUCACCUCCACCCGUUCUCUUCGUACCGCUGCCGCCGGCCGCAGCCCAACCCCCCGAGCUGGGUGCUUUACCACGACUUCACCAUCUCACACGACAACUGUAUCUGCAUCGUCUCCGAGAUCCACCCGCAGAUGUUGGUGGAGCUGGCUCCUCAGUACUAUCUAGGGAACCUUCCAGCCAGUGAAGGCCGAGAUCUGCUGAUGAGUCUCCGACAGAGUUUAUUUCCUCCAGAAGAGCAGGACACAAACCCUCAGGACCAAAGCCAUGAAGAAGCGGGCGGUCAGUACAGCGCAGAGACGUGCAGCAUUCAGUAACACACACACACACACACACACACACACACACACACCAGCAGCGACGGCGACUGUGAUCUCUCUUCAGACUUCAGGUCUCAUCUGGCUCAGAUUUUCUAUUUCUGUAAUUGAUUUGCUAGGAAAUCUAUAUAUUUAUGUAUAUUUUUAAUAGUGAAUAAAGAUGUCUCUCUGGAUACAGUAAGGGAACGGAGUCCAGCAGCCAAUCAGACGAAGCUCAGAUCCCGUCCAAUCACAUCCCGCUCUUGUCUGGAGGCUCACUUCUUGCGUAGAAUAAAAAUAUGAAAGGUGACUGUUCUCUGUACAAUGCAGCGUUUAUUUAUACAGAAAACGGAUCAAAACAGACCUGAGCCCACUGCGUUCACGUCCUGAAUCUGAAACGUAGAUUUAAACUUGAAAUUGUUCUUCAAAAAGAAAAUUAUUGUGAGACUUGAGAGAGUGAGGUGGAAGAAAGAAGCGAAAAUGAGCAUUGUGAAUAUUUUUAUUUGCUGGUGGAAGUGAGCGUCUGUUUCUUCAGUGACUUUGAUCGUGUUCCUUCACUUUGUGUUGAUUUCUUCCGUCUCUCUGAACCUCGUUCAGAGUCAGACGAUCCUCAAAACCAUAUUUAUUCAGCGUUCAUGGCUUUUGUUUCCUCUUGUUGGACGUUCCUUUGAUGUUUUGAAUGUUUCUACUUGCUUCGGAACAUUCUGAGAACAAUCAAAAGUAACUUUUUUAAAGUGAUCAAAUGGAAUGAAACAAAGUUAAAAAAAACAUUCCUCAGGAACGAGUUCGAGGGUGUGUUCUGGACGUGUGUGUGCUCGGGGUCAGGGACUGAAUCACUCAAUCUUUUUCUCGCUGAUGUUUCCUCCAUUGUGUUUGUGGUUCUCCUGUACUUGUUUUUGUAUUUUUCUCUAUGUUGUGUGUGAACACAUGUGAUUUUAAUACAGUGAAAACACUAAUUAAAAGUUGUGGAGCUUUUGA